CGGAUUUGGCCGUUGUCCGCGGUACAUCUCCCAAACGUCACGUUCUCUCAUGGCGGAAAUUCCAAAGCAACAAUCUACAGAACCUCCCGUCCCUGUACUCCCAACCAAAGCUGAAUAUGCCCCUCUAACCCAGGAGGCUGACUCCGAGCUCGUACCCCAGGGACCAGCCGAUGGCCAGAAGUCAAAAUCCAAGUCCAAGUCCAAGAAUACCGCUUCCCUGCGUCGGGGUGCGAAGGACUCUGCGCCCAUCCGGACCAAAGCCGCGCGGGAGAUCAAGACCGUCUUCACCGUCUCCACCGCAGAGCGCUACAACCUCUCCCUCCUGCGGCUCAUCCUCCCCCCUGGGUCGAGGAUGCUGCCCAUGCCUGACGAUGGGUUUGAGGAGGCGAUCUGGAUCCCUAAGUGGGGCGGGGGGGAGGCGUUCGUUUUCAAGAAUGGGAGCUAUGUGUGCUGGGGACUGGACGAGGAGGUGGCGCUGAGGUUUGGGAAGGAGGUGAUUAGCAGUGUCAGAGGGGUGGAGAUCGACCCGCUCAGGAAGACAGAGACGGAGGAGUUGGACUUUGUUGCUGAUCCUACUGAGAAAACACGUCUACAAGGAGACCUGAUCAUCCUCGGCGGUAGCUCGACAGAGGACAACCUCCUAGCGCGAUACAGUUUCUCGCAAGCGCUGGCCCGCUCCUCCGCGCUCUCGGCACUCGAGUCCUCCCUAGAUCACUACCUGCUCUCUACCUCCGGGCUGGCGGACACGCUCGCCGCGCACGGACAUCCGAAUAUGCGCCGGAAGGACCUGAUCCGGAAGAUGGGCGAGCUGCUUAAAUUUAGGCAGGGGCUUAACUUGAACAGGGAGAAUUUUGGCGAGACGCCGGACUUUUAUUGGGCUGAGCCUCAGCUCGAGGGAUACUUCGACUCUGUUAGCCGGGCGUUAGAGAUCAGGCACCGUAUGCGCGUAGUGAACGACAAGAUCACCUACGCAGCCGAGACACAGGAGACACUUCGUCAGCUCCUUACAGACUCGUCCGCCCACUCGAUGGAACUCGUCAUCAUAGCGCUCAUCGCGGUCGAGGUUGUGCUCGCGUUCAUCCGCGAAGGACCCGAGCUGGUGCAUAAAGCGCUGGACAUGUUCGGGACUGCCGAGGAGCCCAACGCCCGGGAAUCGGAAUCGGAAUCGUAGACUCCCCAAUCCCAAGUGCAGUGCAGUUCAUUCCUUGUAUUUCAGGCUAGACUUAUACACCAAAGACCAAUGAGUGGAGAGAGAUGAGGGAGUGUGAGUGUGAGUGUGAGUGUGGUGUGAGUGAGUGUACGCUAUGUAUGGUAGUAGAUAGAACGGUCGGCAUCGGCAUCCCCAACCCCGCUCUUUCCCCCGCUUCCCACGAAGACAGCCCAAGAUCAGAUCUAAGACGUAAGACGAGCCAGAAUGUUGAAUGUUGAUUAUACAGUGUAGAGAGCGUGGAGCGACAGCCGCGUGCGGCAGACUGGACGCAAUCGCAGCGCAGCGCAUCGGAUAACGCAAACGGAAAAACGAAAAACGAAAACCAAAGAUCGAAAAUAAAGGGAAAGAACGAAAGCGAAAGUGGUAGGUAUGUAGUCAUACACCUCCAGAGCCCACGAAAAUCUUCGGAAAAAGGGUAUCCCGUCCCAUCCCCAUCCCAGUUCUCAUAUGACUCACUCUUGUUUCUUGACUUGUUUCUUCUUCCGCAAAGGCUAAGCCCAUGCGACCUUUUUCGAUGCAUGGCUCAUGGCGCAUCUCCCAGCUCCCAGCUGAUCAGCUGAGGAAAUCGUCCGCAUCCCUCAAGAUCGCUAGUCCGUACCUGCCGUUCAAGCCAACGCCGCCUCAGCGAGCCCCUCCCUCCCCUCCCCCCCAUUCCCAGCGCCCUCGCCCUCACCCUCCCCAGCCCGCCCAGCCCCAGUACCAGAAGUACCAGAAGUACCAGUCCUCGCCCACCUCUCCCACCUCUCCAACUCCGCUUUAAGCUCCACCAGUCUCUCCUCGCUCAGCGGGUGGUCUUUCCCCUCGAACCCGUGUUUUCGCGGGUCGGGGUUGGCCUGGGAGGGGGAGGGGGUGUUGAG